UAUUAGCCACAUACAUGCGCAUUAUUAUUAUUUAUACUGCUUGUGGACAGUAAUGACGAGUUGAGUGAGAUAUUUUCAAAUAUGUAAGAAUUAAACAAUUCAUAAUGAAUUAAAAUAGUUAAAUAUUUAUUAUGGAAUUAUUCAACUGGAGAAUCAAUUGAAGUUAUUAUCUUGUUUUUAUUAUAAAUUAAAAGUGAGUGAAUAAAAAUCUUAAAUCUAUAAAGAGCAAAAGACUUUGAAAAAAUUAUAACCUCAAAACCUCAUAAGCUCUUGCUCCCACCAUCAAUUCAUGAAUGGGAACUUAAAAUGCAGUGAAAGAUAUUCAAUGGUAACAUUGCAGUCAGUUUUUUGCAUUGUAAAGUGUUUGAUUAUCAGUUCAAUUCUUUAUUCCUAUUUAAAGUGAAGGACUUGAAAUAUAUCAGUUACGUUAAGUACGUGGUGGAUGUAGUCGGUUUAAUUACCUGUAGGUGCUAAUAACUAAUAUGGAAUUUAAUUUUAUAAAAAUAAUAUUUGCACUAGCAGCCAUGUAUACUGCAAUUAUUUCUGUUUCUUUAAAACUUAUUGAAGAUUAUAUACCACUUUUUAUCAGGCGAGCAUUUCGCUAUGGUAAAUAUGCAGAAAAAACUGAUCAUAAAAUAAUGAAGCUAUUCGAAGUCCCUAAGAGAUAUUUCAAGCAUUUCUAUGCAUUCUCUGCUCCAUUAUUAUCCAUCAUUUUGAUAAUAACUAUAAAUCGAUACUUGUUCAAUAGUGAAGUGCCGGCAAUUGUUUAUAAAAUUCUUGAUAUUUUAUUAGGUCCUUCCCGAAGUGCACUUGUUUCAUCAGAAGCAACAAUGAUUGCAUUGUUUUUAACAACUGGUCAUUGCUGGAAGAGAUUUUAUGAAACUCAUUUUGUCAAUGUCUUCAGUAACGCAAAAAUAAAUCUCAGUCACUACAUUAUUGGAUUUAUUCAUUACAUCGGUGUUGUGACUUGCAUUAUUGGAGAAUCACAUGGUUUUAUUUCAAGCAACAGGAAUGACUUUGACUGGAGGAGAAUAACUUAUUUUCAGUUAAUUUGUGUUUGUAUAUUUAUUAUGGCCUCUCGUGAGCAACUGCAAACAAACUACAUUUUGGCGAAUCUUCGUAAGGAUAAAAAUGGAAAUGUUGUUACAAUUUCAUAUAAAAAGCCUCAGGGUCGUCUUUACAAUUAUAUAUCAUCGCCUCUUCAGUUUACUGAGAUUGUAACGUAUACAACCCUUUCAUUGAUAUUGUGGAACAGUUCAUCUUUUCAUUAUGUCACUAUAUGGGUUUUAGCGAAUCAGAUUGGAACUGCAUUUUUAGAUGAUCAAUGGUACAAAAAAACAUACAAAGAUUGCGAUAAACAUCGUAAAAUACUCAUUCCAUUUCUUAUAUAAUGUUUUAUAGGAUGUCUUUAUUUUGUUAUGUAUUUAAAAAUAUAUAAAGUUUUGAUA